GCGAAGCACAUGUGUUUAUCGUUGCUGCGCCGGUGCUGUUGAAUUUGUUUGCAAUAUAAUUAGUUUUUCCCCGUGAUUUCCAUCGAAUAAAGGUCCGAAAAUGACCGAUUUCGACGUCCACGGUGAUGAUUCCGACUCCAGCUACGUGUCCUACGACGAGGAUGACGAGCUACGGGAAGCCCUGGCCAAGGGACUGCUCAAACCCGGUCUCAACGUCAUAGCCAAGGACAGGACGGAACUGGUGAACAAUCCCGCCAAGCUGAAAAGUGCCCUGGAAUCGAUGAUCCUGAAAGCACCGUGGGUUGAGCGGUUGGAUCUGGUGAACGAGCUGGCUCCCAUCACUCCGGAGCUGGCCAUUCAAAUCGAAAAGCACGAACAGAAACGCGAAAACCAGUUCAAGGGAAACAAAAAGAUACCCUACGUCGUACCGGGGCAGGACGCGGUUCUGAAUGAUUUCAAGCGGGAAAUUCUGUUCCACCGACAGGCCCAGGCUGCCGCGGUGGAGGGAAUCAAGCGUUUGCACGACAUGGGAAUCGUGACUAAACGACCGGACGAUUACUUUGCCGAGAUGGCAAAGACCGACGAGCACAUGCAGCGCAUCCGGAAGGUGCUGCUGGCCAAGCAGGAAGGUAUCGCGAAAUCCGAACGAACACGGCAACUGCGCGAACAGCGUCGUAUUGGUAAAUUAAUCCAACGACAGGCGACGGAGAAGCGAGACGAAGAGCGCCGAAAGAUGUUGGACGAUAUCAAAAAGUUCCGCAAGGGCAAGCUGUCCAAUUUGGACUUUUUGGAUGACGACGAGGAAGGUGGCAAGAAAAAUAAGAAGAAGGGUUCGACCCGAGGUGCUGCUGGCAAAAAGCAAGUCAAUUCCAAGCGAGUGGCCAAAAAUUCCAAGUUCGGUUUCGGUGGACGGAAGAAGGGAUCGAAGCGAAACGAUAAGAAGUCGUUCCUCGGAGACGGUCCAAAGAGGAAGGCUGGUGGCGGUGGUGGUGGCGCCGGAGGUAACAAGCGCAUGGGUAAGAGCAGGCGUGCGCAGGUCAAGAAUAGAGGUAAGUAAGGGGAAGCAUUUAAU